AUGGAUUUCAACACACAUUCACUGGAAGUGGUUGCACAUUGUGGGAUGACCUCCAUGGGACUCCGUUAUGCCAGCGUAUGAAGAUGCUCAGAAAACGGGAAAUUUAGGGUGAGAUAAGGUCAUAGGUCUCCUGAGGAAUCUGUAUAACGACCAAGUAGCAACAGUAAGAACAGAUCACAGAACAACAAACUAGUUCAAGAUUGGGAAAGGAGUACGGCAGGGCUGUAUACUCUCACGCUACCUAUUCAACUGGUAUGCAGAACACAUGUGGCUUGAUGAAUCCAAGGCUGGAGAUACAAUUGCUGGAAAAAAAUUAACAACUUUAGAUAUGCAGAUGAUACUACUUUGAUGGCUGAAAGCGAAGAGAAGCUGAGGAGCCUUAUAACUAAGGUGAAAGAAGAAACUGCAAAAGCUGGGUUGCAGUUCAACAUAAAAAAAACAAGAUUAUGGCAACCAGACUGAUUAUUAACUGGCAAUUAGAGAGAGCAAACGUGGGGGCAGUGAGAGACUUUGUAUUUCUAGGCACAAAGAUUACUGCAGACGCAGACUGCAGCCAGGAAAUCAGAAUACAUUUGCUUCUUGGGAGGAGAGCAAUGGCCAACCUGAAUAAAAUAGUGAAAAGUAGAGACAUCACGCUGGCAACCAAUGUCCGCAUAGUUAAAGCAAUGGUAUUCCCCAUAGUAACCUAUGGAUGUGAGAGUUGGACCAUAAGGAAGCCUGAGCAAAGGAAGAUAGAUGCUUUUGAACUGUGGUGUUGGAGGAAAAUCCUAAGAGUUCCUUGGACUGCAAGAAGAUCCAACCAGUCCAUCCUCCAAGAAAUAAAGCCCCACUACUCACUGGAGGAAAGGCUAUUAGAGGCAAAGAUGAAGUACUUUGGCCACACAAUGAGAAGACAGGAAAGCUUGGAGAAGAUCAUGAUGCUGGGGUACAUGGAAGAAAAAAGAAAGAGCAGCCAACCAAGGGCAAGAUGAAUGGAUGGUAUCCUUGAAGUGACCGGCUUGACCUUGAAGGAGCUGGGGGUAGCAUUGGAUGAAAGGGAGCUCUGGCGUGGAACGACUGAACCAAUAAACAACAAUAAGGUCAUAGGACAGUUAGCUUUUUCCCCAAAGUCCUGCCCUGAUGGCAACCACAGUGUGUUAAGGACAAUUGCAAUUCCUUUGCGGUGAACAAAAAGGGCUGUUAAGAAUCCUGGCAUUGAUAACACAUUCCUGAAUAGGCAGAGAUUGAUUUCUAACUAUUUCUUUCUUUAUUAUUAUACCCUGUCAACAGACACAUUUAUUAGGACUGGUUUCACAAUUCCAGUGGGACAAAAUCAAAGUUCUCUUGAUCAGAGAGAAUCAAUCAAGCAACCAUCUGUUUGCUAGAAAUGAAAAAAGCCAUUUAAAGAGAUAAGGUAUAAUUAUUUCAAACAUUUGCUCCUCACUUCACAUUUUCUUUCAGAUUAAAAGGGCUUUGAAAAUUCCAGAAAAUCACAAUUCAGUCACAACAAGCUAUGCUCAGAUAAUAUUAAUGCCACACACUUCUUGCAUAAUGUCAUUAUAGUGGCAGGUGGGUCAUAGUUUUCAGUACAUAAAUGGUGCUGGUCAUUUUCAUGAGUGAUUUGGGGGAGGAAAGCAGAUGAUCAUAUAAAUAAUAUCUAGUAAUCAGCUUCGAAUUCUGUGUUUAUCUGGAACCAUUAUUAAAAUACUGUCCACCCACCUGCAGGUGGGGUACAUGGUAGAAAGUCCCAAAGUGGCAACCCCCAAGGCAACAGACAGUGAACUGUGAUGCUGUGAUAAUCUUAGCAAAUGUGACAUUUACUGGGCAGCAUGUGAGUUCUUUUUCUGUUACAACACAAACACAGAGGCAUCUACCUCUCUGUUGUUUGCCCAUGUGUUUGGAGCAAAAGGGAAGAGAAGACAUACUCAGAUAUGAAGCAGCACACUUUGCAAUUCUAUGGCUGGCAGGUAUCCUCUCUUUUGAUCUCUGUCUGGUCGGGGGUUUAUGCUGAUACUGGAAAUGCAACACAGGAAAACAAGGCGGUCUCAAGUAUUUUGUCACCCACCACCCACACUGUUGUGCUUCAUACAAAGGAAAUGACACCUGAACCAUGGACUAUAUUUGUGUCUCAGAGCCCUAGCAGAGAAAAAGCCAAAGUGGGUGAAACGGUGGCCCUUGGGUGCCACUUCCAUGGUUCUCAUGAUCCAUCAUUAAGAAACAUAACAGUGAAGUGGUUCAAGGAGGAUGAGAAAGGGCAGAGGGACCUCAUGGAGAACAAUGUCACUGUCAUAGCAAACAACACACGGAUCUUCAUGACAGGGGAUUUAUCUAAAGGUGAUGCAACAUUGACUAUCAUAAAUGUCACCACCAGUGAUCAUGGGACUUAUUUCUGCCAGGUGUUUCUUUCCAGUGGAGAAGAAAUGACCGGUGAUGGAACAAAACUCAGGAUCCAGAGAGCAAUGGGAUUGUUUGGUAUAGAAGAGUCCAUUGGAACUAUCAUUGGCGUGCUGGCGGCCAGCAUUGGAGGCCUGGUUGUUCUGAUCAUAGUUUUAACUCCUUAUCUAAAAAAGUGUCUUCCGUGUGCCAAAGCCACCCACCAAGCAUAACUUGGAAAUAUAUAUGAUUAAAGAAAACAAUAGAUGUGCCACAAACUACAGCAAAGGCAUCCAUUGAUCAAGAUUUGUUAUGUUUUCUUUCUAAAUGUAUAAUAAAUUUCUUUAUUGUAUACUUUGU